GCCGCGCCGUCGAACACAAUCGCGAGGCCUCCUUCCACACAGUUCCACGGGAGCAUGUCGCUUCGGAUUCAUCUCGCGUAGCCGCCGCGCUCCUCCACGCUCUACUGUUCGCACAGAAACACGCUCCGUCCGGAUUGGAGUGAUUAUUUCAUCUACCGUUGGUCCUUCUUCGGUGCGCGUGCUGUUUUGUUUCCGAAAAUUCUGGGAGUUCGUCUGAAUCCCCAAUGGCCCAAGUGGAUUCCGGCCCUGCCUCCAUCUCCCUCGAUCCACAGGUAAAAGAGAAUGAGGAACAUUACAUGGGUUUGUUGGUGAAAGUGUCACUUCUGCUGGUCAGCAAGGAUUUCCCACUUGAGGUCCAGUGCCAUGGAGCUAAAAUGAUAAAGCAUCUCCUAGAAAUCAGGUGCGAGGACCUUAGCAGAGCUGAUCUUCUAAAUUUGAACCUAGCGCUGGUUAAGUCCCCCAAUGAAGAUCAUACAUUGAGAACAGCUGAUCCUGGGGAACAGACCAAGCAUGCAAGUAGUUUACUUCUGCUUUCUGUAAACAACAGCUCGAGAAGUUCAGCUGCGGAGGAAACAGUCGAUGGUCAUGCGCCCAUCACUUAUUUCGGAUCGCGUACAAAGUCGGAGUAUACGAGAUUGAUCUACAUCUCAGAAUCUGAUAAAAGUAAUCUCAGCAGCAGCAGCAGCACCACCUCUGGUACCAGAUCCGAUGGCACAAGAUCUGAGACUGGUAGCUGGUGGAAUAGUGAAAGCAGCAAGAGCAGUAAUCUGUCUUGUAUGAGAUCCUUUGUAUUGCCUUUCGAUGACCAAGUGGACUAUGAUGAGAGUGAAUUAGAAGUUCAGAGGCUCAUGUCAAUCGACAUGUUUGAGAACGAUGAAGUCGAUGGUGAUCCUGAGGAUCAAGUUGUUCCUAAGGAUCAUGAUGAUUUUGGUAAUAGGAUUACCAUCUCGAAAAAGGUUGCUGAUAUUGUUCACCCACGAAUGUUGGGUUUGGAUGGAAAAGCUUAUAGUCAUCAAGUUAAGGCCUGUCUACUCUUUGCAGAGCAUAACAUACUGUGGGAAGCUUUUGUUAUAAUAUCCCGUUUGAGGGACACCAUGUACAAAGGCAUACUUCCUUGGUUGCUUAAUCCUCUCAACGUAAUAUGGACCCAACCAGAUUGGGAGAGUACAUUUCUCUCUGAUGGAUUUGGGCUAUCAUGUCUGUUUUCUGAUGGUAGUUUCUUGAAGAUGGUUUACAAUGUUGUAAAGUUCUAUGAGGAUGAGCUCAAAAGAAGCAUAGAAGAAGACUUCACUGAGAAGCAAUCUUAUGAUACUUCCUCUGUAUCCCUUCACUUGUUCCUUCCUUUGUUACUGCAGUUACUUCGAUGCAUACACGCUCUCUGGAAAGCUCAAAUUGCUUGCAAUCUGUCUGAAGAACUUGAAAAGGCUAAAGCUCUGAAUUGUGAGGAAGAUUCCCAACAGAACAAUGCAAGAAAAUUGUUAGAUGAAAUCAGAGAGUGCGGGUACAGAAUCAUAGGUCUAUGUAUGUCUCUUAAUGGAGCAUUUGAUGAGCUCUUGGACUGUUCAUAUUUAACUGUUACUUUUAUUGAUUUUGAUUCGAUGGAGUUUAGGCAUCUGAGCAAGCUUAUCCAUCUUGUUCUCCUUCCAUUGGUCAAAAGCUGCCCUCGCAAAUUCUGGAAGGAAUGGAUGUUGAAUCUCCUUGGACCCAUACUUGAGCACUGUGAGGAUGUACUGUAUUAUGCUUGGUUCAGUCUUUUGCACGAAGGUCGAGCUAAAGUUUCUUAUUACUUUGGCAAACUUCCUGGAUCAGCAGAAAGUAUCCAGGAGUUGGAACACACUAUCUUACUUCAGUUCACACGUGAUGUUUCUCAAAUUUUUGGAAGUUCAUCUUCCCCUGAGUUAAACAGUGGUCUCUCACGCAAAUAUUUUGAAGAUGUCAGUAAUGAAAAGAUGACUUCUUUCCAAGAUUUGGAAUCAUUAGCAUCAUAUUCUCUUAUUGGGUAUCUUUUAAUUAAUGGUUGCUUUGGGAGAUUAAGGAUGAGUCUUUUUGGGUAUUGGGUGGAUGAUGAAGCAGCCACAAAAGCUAUUCCCUUUUGCCGCACUUUGGUUCAGCUUGCAGGCGUUAGUAAAGAUGAAGGACUUAGGCUGUUUGUUUCAGAUGAACUGCUUCCAUCUGUCAUCAAACGCCUAGAUGAUCAGCUACCAUGUGCAAUCAGACACCUAAGUUGCAAGUUAAACGUAACUAGAAGUGAUAAUGUUAACCGGGAUCUUACCAUCCUUUCUCAAGAACUGUACAACUAUUUGUCCAGCAAUUUUUGUUCACGAAGUCAGAAUCUCGUCGCUGAAUACAAGGACAGAGAAAAUGCUGCAGAUGACUUCACGUGUUGGUUGGCAAAGCUAAAGGAAGAUUUUUAUUUGAAGGCAUGCUGUGCUGCUCCUGAGGAAUUUAUAGGGAUGGAAGUAGAAUGGAAUUGGGAGUUUGAAGAUGAAUUUAGAAGAUAUCUUCCCGUUUAUAUUGAUAUGUUGAAAGAAGUUGAUGCAAUGGACAACACGUUAGAGCUUGAUUAUUUGGACAACGGAUUUCUCCUACAGAAAUUGAGGCCUGAAUUUAAACUGAAGUAUGCCAUUAACGAUAUGGAGCACCCUCAUUUAAGGACCAUCUCUGAUAUGCGAAGACGAAAGUUUAAUUCGAUGAUUCAAGUUAUAAAUCACAAAACAAUGUUUGAGAUUCUUAGCAAACUCAUUGAUCUCACUCCGUACAUUAAGGGUUCUAACUAUCCUUAUAGUGUGAUUGAUCAUCUUGAACAAAAUCCUGAGGCACUACCCAGUACUUUUGAUGCUUACGAUGUGGAAGAGUCAGUUCAUUUCCUCAUUGAUUCUGUGCUGCAUAUCUGGGAGCCUCAGUUUCAUCCUCUGAUCCGUGAAGGACACAAAGAUUUACUUCUAUGGAUAAUUGGCCAGUUAACCAAGGCGAAAGAAUUUGAAGAUUUUAAGCCACUAGCACCAGAAGUGGAAGACUUCCUACCACAUUUGAGACCUUAUGCAAUGUUCUAUAUUUUGACGAAGCUGAAAACAUCUCUGUAUACUACUGCUGAAGUGCAAUUACACAUGCACGAAGAAUAUGAUGACUAUUUGGCCUCUGGUAAACUGGAUGACUAUAUCUACGAGUCCAUGCGUUUAGAGGGUAAUUUUUAUGAAAAAGACCUUGACAGUUGGGCAGUGCCACAUCAGUUCUCAGAUUUGGACCAUGGUCUUAUUAAAUUAUCUCUCAAGCGAAGAGCUGCAAUUGUGCAAAUAGAUCGUCAAGUUCGCGCAUAUUUGAAUUGUCUAAGAUGUCUCAUGGAAGAUGAUUUGCGUAAAGAUCGUCUCACAAAUUUGAUGAGUGAGCUUGAAGCGGCUGGUUUUUUUGACAUUGACAAUUGCCGUAUCAAUUGGGAGAAGAAGCAUUUCACAGAGCUUGUUGAUAAAGUCAGUAUUGAAGUUUUCGCAGAGCAUUCUCUUCCCAGACAUUACGUUAUUCGGGGGAUCAUUGAUUAUAGAACAAUAACACUGUGGAGGGAUCGGACUCAGCGAUCCUUUGAACAGGUUGUUGGUGAAGCAUGUGAAAGAUUGACUGCAUAUCUUCCUCAGUUUUGGAGAGAUACACGGCACUAUACGCAUAACUUCUAUGAAAUUGUUCGAGAACCCCUAGAAAAGCUCUUCGUGUAGGGUGACUGGGUGAGGGUCAUUGCCUCGUUGCUGCACCAAAUCUGGAGCACAUAUUAUUGUUUGACCAACCAACACCUACGAUCUUUGGUGCUGUCAGUACAGUAAGCAGGCGGAGCUUUCUAAUCCUCUAUGCAUGAUCAUAAUUGUAAUAUCUUUGUUUGAGAGGGAUGACUUGUAGGAUAUGAACUGCUUAUACUGACUGCAGCAUCAGCAAUGACUAUAAAACAUUUUCUGUAAGUCUCAGGCUAACUGUUUUAGUUUACAGAGGAGCACUGCAUCUGAGUGUUUUAAUAUCUGAGAUACACAACUCUUUUCACGAGGUUUAUGUAGUUCAACUAUGUGGAUGUGCUCUCCUCUUGCUGUGGUUGGUGGAGAAUCUUUGUAGCAUAUGUGUGCUCUGUGAAUGCUUGUUGCUGGUGUUGAGAAUGGAAAACUCAAGAAGUUUGUAUA